GCGAGCAGCCGAACGAACCCACGCCGCGAGCCAGUCAGCGUAGCGACGGCCGGACGUGCAGGUGUGUUCCUCGCGCUUUUCCCCGGCCACAAGCUUGCCCAGACGCGGACGAGACGCUGUGGCUAGUUUCCAGCAACGCGUUCGUUUCCAGACUGUGCCGCGCUGCGGAUUUUACUUUUACGCUGCCAAUCAGCUGGUGUUGAAGGUGUGUGAUCACGUGUUUGCCUAUCCCAUUUGGCCACGACGCAAAAGGAAGCGCGGUGUUGGCCACCGACUACACGUCCGUGCCGGUGCGUUAGCAGUGCGUGAAUUAGAGAAGUGUGCCAGAGGCGAUUUGCAUCACACGUUUGCUCGACCAGCAGUGCCUUCUCGAAGAACCGAACUCGAGGUCCUCUGAAGACAGGCCACUGGUACGAGCUCAAUCAACGUCCACACGGAGAAGUGUCCAUAUUAGUCAUGGCAGCCAGAGGUCUACGAAGCAGCUCGAACAUUAUUUUGGCCAUCGUUGUUCUCCUGGCCUUGUCUACGGUGCACCGUGGGGAGGCCAGGACUGCUCACGUGGCAUCCCACGUGGUGCACGAGCCGUUACUGGCUGCACGCCAGGCGGGUGCACCGUCAUUGGCUGCUGCGGACUUGCUAGCGCCAACCACGACUGAGCUGACUGAGGAGUACGACGAUGACGACGACGGUGGCACUGCCGUCGCAGCCGGAGUGAAUGCACGUCCAGGCAGCAUUGGCGGAGCCGCUGAGGAUGCCAACGAGGAUGCAGAUGAGUCUCCUGUGGAAGAGGAAGAAGCUUCGUCGACUACAACAACUGCGUCGUCGACACACGAGCCUUCUGCCGCUCCAACAAGACCCAGUCUAUCCAAUGCCUACCCACCCGUUCGGGUCUCGACGCCCAAGGUUGAAACCGCACCACUGGCAUCUACUAGUCCGAGCACUACCCGCUCCACGACCACUACUACGCCCACUACCUCAACCACGACGACAACGACAAGGCGUCCCAUGACUACACCGACGACAACAACGACCACAAGGCGCGCGACCACAGUAGCAGCGGUGGUACCUUCUGCCCCGGCACCGGCCCGACCAAGGCGGCCUCCGACAACGUAUUCGGUGCCCACGGAGUCCCGGUCCGACGACUCUGCGUGCCCACGUCGCGAAGACAUCCACCCGUGCCAGUGCAUUGAACUGCCCAGCAAGAUUCCCGGAGACGUCGAGACAGUCGCCACGUGCAAGAAUAUCCGUAACCACCAGGUACUCAGCGAUGCCCUCAAGGGUUUCCAACACCACCGGAUCAACUUCUUCGUGCUCGACAGCUGCAAAUUGCCCCCCUUCCCCAACGGCCUCUUUCACAAUGUCGACGUCGAGUGGAUGGAGGUCCUCAACUCGACUGUGCAGUUCCAGAAGAACUUCUUCACCUGCUCCAAGGACUGCCUGUGAACUGUGUGCUGGUCGUCUAUUUCCGUGUGGUGCCGAGUCACAAACAGUUAGCACCAGUGAACAAAAACGCUGUUUUGUUCAGAAACAUUGAGCCCGUGCCUCGCAAAAGCCCUAAGAACAACUGCCCGGGAAGUACAAGGCUCCAAAACCACAGGAAAAUGAAUGGACGUGUCGUGGUUUUAGGUGCGAAGAGUAGUAAGUAGGUCACAUAUGUGCUUUCUGAUGGAAACGUUUAUUUUUUAUUAAGGGCCAAUUCAUCUUAUCCAAUCAUCUUUUGCACAAUGAGCUAUCCAGAAAGAGUGGUUUUCUUUUUUUCCUCCAUAGGCCGUUCAGUAGGUAUGUGGGCAACUACAUUUCUCAUUUUAUUUCUCAAAAAAAUAAAUACUAAAAUGGGCCUUUCCUGACAAAUACAGCUUUCACUACAAAUUUCUGGGGUGGUUAGCUCUUAGUGUAAAUGUUCUCAAUCUAUGGUAACACAAUGGGCAGAGUGUACGUAGCGUUAAUUCAAAUGCUCGUGAUGCGAAUUUGGCAUACCUACAAAGCCUUAUAGUUUUAGCUUACCGAUAACAAACUUUGUUUAGAGUGCAGUGCAUGUCAAUAAAUAUAAUGUGUCACCAUUUAAACACAUCAACUAUCAGCAUAAUGGCCAAAGGGAAAAUAAGACUUGCAAUGACUUGUCUUGUUAUGAUCACCCACAUACUACAUCGGCUAUCUACUUCAAGCUGUCACAUAUGAGCCACAUGUAAUUGCCGUAAAUUCAGUGCGGCUACUGGGGCAGCUUUUGAUGCAUUGGCAUGUAAGCAAUCAUCUUGAGUAUGAUGAACUACUAACAAUGUCAUUGUAACUUUUUCAUACAUGUUUUUGUUCUCACAACUUGCCAUUUUUCACAAUAAUGUAGGCUAUAAUCUUUGUUAAAGACAAACAAGUAAAACUCGCUGAAAGUGUACAGCAACUAGGAAAAAAUUCUUUUUAACUGUGCAGCACAUUUUUCUCAUAGGUGUAAAAAGUUGUUUUGUUUGCUCAAUAAGUACUUAAAAGCUUCAGGUAAACUGUGAAGCGAAUUUUCACAAAAUGCACAUACACAAAUUGAGUGCUGUAAAUAUUUUGGUCUAUGUCCUUUUCAUCAUCACAGUAAAAUUAAUUAAACUACACAUAAUUCCAUGUACACUUAAGCUCUGUGUUGCAAGUUCUUGCCAAGUGACCUGAAUGUCUUUUUAGAAAUUGUUUCAUGAGCCAACUUGAAACGUGGAUAAUGCUCAACACCACUUUUAUCUGUAAACAAAUAUUUUGCAGAGCAGAGGAAUGAAACGAUGGAAGAUCCCUUCUCAUGUGCCAUCACUCACCACGUGACACAUGUUGUACCAAUGAUCUGCCACUUCCUACACGUUCUGUUUGUACAUGUGCCUUUUUGAGCUCAAUUGAGUGGCAUUACAACACUGUGCUCAAGAUAUUGAUUAAAGGUUUUUCUCCUUGUUAAGAAACGCUUC